GAAAACUAAAUACUUCGAGCAGAAAAGCAAGGUCACCUCACAUUCAGUUUAUAGCGCGAAUUAGUAACAAACUGUUUGGAACUGUGGCACUUUUUCUCAUUUUUUAAAAAAUUAUAUACAUUGUUGGUUAUAUUCUAGAGAUUCAUUAUGACUCUGAAGAAAUUGAGCAUCGACGCCGUUGAUUUAAAAGAUAAACGAGUUCUUAUGCGGGUUGACUUUAACGUGCCAAUUAAAGAAGGAGCUAUUACAAAUAAUCAGAGAAUUGUAGCUGCAUUAGAUUCUGUUAAAUAUGCUUUAGAAAAAGGUGCAAAGUCUGUUGUUCUCAUGAGCCAUUUAGGAAGACCUGAUGGACAAAGGAAUGAAAAGUAUUCAUUGAAAGUUGUGUCUGAAGAAUUGAAAAAGCUUCUUGGAAGGGAUAUACUAUUUCUUUCUGACUGUGUUGGUGCUGAAGUUGAAGCAAAAUGUGCAAAUCCAGCAAAUGGUUCAGUCAUCCUUUUAGAAAAUUUGAGAUUUCAUCUUGCGGAAGAAGGAAAAGGUGUUGAUGCAAGUGGAGCCAAAGUGAAAGCAAAACCAGAGGAUGUAGCUGCGUUCCGUGCUUCCCUUACUAAACUUGGUGAUGUUUAUGUUAAUGAUGCUUUUGGGACUGCACAUCGAGCUCAUAGUUCAAUGGUUGGGGUUGAUCUUCCUCAGAAAGCUUCUGGAUUUUUGAUGAAGAAAGAAUUGGAAUAUUUUGCCAAAGCACUUCAUAAUCCUGUCAGACCAUUCCUUGCAAUAUUAGGAGGUGCUAAAGUAGCUGAUAAAAUUCUGUUGAUUGAAAAUCUGUUGGACAAAGUAAAUGAAAUGAUCAUUGGAGGUGGAAUGUCAUUCACAUUUCUUAAAGUAUUAAACAACAUGGAGAUUGGCAAUUCACUGUAUGAUGAUGAAGGAUCAAAAAUUGUUCCUAACCUGAUGCAAAAAGCUGAGAAGAAUGGUGUGAAGAUUCAUCUUCCUGAAGAUUUUGUGACUGCAGACAAAUUUGCUGAAAAUGCAACUGUUGGAGCUGCAACAGUAGAAUCUGGAAUCCCUGCUGGUUUUAUGGGAUUGGAUUGUGGGCCUAAAAGUGUACAGCGAUUUCGCGAAGCUAUUAAGAGAGCAAAGACCAUUGUCUGGAAUGGACCAGCUGGUGUUUUUGAAUGGGAAAAUUUUGCUCAAGGGACUAAAGCUGUCAUGGACGAAGUUGUUGAAGUGACAAAAAGUGGAGCUAUAACUAUAAUUGGGGGUGGUGAUACUGCAACUUGUUGUGCUAAAUGGAAAACAGAAGACAAAGUUAGUCAUGUCAGUACAGGAGGUGGUGCUAGUUUGGAACUUCUGGAAGGCAAAACUUUACCUGGUGUUGCUGCAUUGACUGAUGCUUGAAGAGAAGUUCCUUUGGAAUUAAAUGUGUUCAGAUAGCUUGAAUCUCCUAAAUAUUAAAUGUGUUGUUUAUUUUUUUUAUUAUUUUUUUUUUAAAUAUUGGUAUUCAAGCUAUAAGUCUGUUGAAAUAAAAUUCCACUCUGUGAUUUUAUAAAUCCAUCUUUGUUUGUCCACUGUAAAACAGAACUGAUUCAUUUUAAUUUAUUACAUACACAAAACUGUCUUAUAGUAUUAUAAAUUUCAGGGUUUUUUUGCCUGGUAAAUUAUUUAAAGCAUGUAAAAGUUGAAUAAAAUAUAUAAAGUGAACAUUUCAA